AUGGCUGCGUUUCUGUAUGAUCUGGCCACGUCCUUGUCAGUUUCGCAAAUAUCUUUUCUCCCCUUCAGAUACCACCUUCUCAAACUCCUCCAGAAGUUUGGCAAAGUAAAGCAAUUUGACUUUCUCUUUCACAAGUCCGGCGCUCUGGAGGGGCAGCCGAGGGGUUACUGUUUUGUGAACUUUGAAACCAAACAGGAAGCAGAAAAGGCGAUCCAAUGUCUCAAUGGGAAGCUGGCCCUUUCCAAGAAAUUGGUGGUGCGGUGGGCACAUGCACAAGUCAAGAGAUACGAUCACAAUAAAAAUGAGAAGAUCCUUCCAAUCAGUCUGGAGCCAUCUUCCAGCACGGAGCCGCCCCAGUCUAACCUCAGUGUCAGUGCAAAAAUAAAGGCCAUUGAAGCCAAGCUGAAAAUGAUGGCAGAAAACCCAGAUGCGGAAUACCCGGCAGCGCCUGUUUAUUCUUACUUCAAACCACCGGAUAAGAAAAGGACUACUCCUUAUUCCAGAGCUGCCUGGAAAUCUAGAAGAUGAUGCUUAUGAAUUGAUAAUGGUAGCAAGAAACACUGCUUUGUAUACCUGGAGUCCUCCAAUGCUUUUGUACUUUGUAGAGUGAGCAGGAUACUGCCACCCGAGCGCACCACCACCGUACGCGGCACAGUGUUCUGUAACACCUUAGGUGGUCUGCUGAAUACUCCUUACUGCCAGUGCAGCUUCACAGCUGAACGCUGUUCAGAGAAGUAGGUUCCCUUCAAAGCCUCUGAUGAACACGCAGACAACCUCUCGUUAGCGUGCAUUCAUUAGCAAGAUUAGAAACAGUAACCAGUGUAUGGAGUAAAGCACAUCCAAAAAUACUCCAUUUAACUGAUUACUUUUUAAAGUAUUUUUGAACAAAACGUAUUCCGAUUUGUGUUUUUAAUGGAGGGGAAGCACUUGGUUUUGAUUAACAUUCUGUAGUUACCAUGGAAAACUUUUUCAUCUCAAUAAAACUCAUUUUAAAUAGA